AUGGGGAAGCCCAAGGUAGACUACUCACUCUAUCUGGUGACGGACUCGACCCCGGCCAUCCUGGGAGACAAGGACCUGGCUCAGGUCGUCGAGGCGGCCGUCAAAGGGGGCGUGACCCUCGUCCAGCUCAGAGACAAGACGUCGGACACGGGCGCUCAGAUCGCCAUCGCCCGGCGUCUGCAUGAAGUCACCCGUCGCUAUGGCGUGCCUCUGCUCAUCAACGACCGGGUUGAUGUCGCCCUGGCGGUUGGCUGUGAGGGCGUUCACGUCGGACAGGAUGAUAUGGACCUGCCCACAGCCCGCAAAUUGCUUGGUCCGGACGCCAUUAUCGGUGUCAGCACCGGCACGGUCGAAGAGGCCAUCACGGCCGCCGAACAGGGAGCCGACUAUCUCGGCAUCGGCACCGUGUUUUCCACGCAGACAAAGGACAACACAAAGCGCAUCAUCGGCACCGCAGGCCUCCGCUCCAUCCUCGCCUCCCUCGCCAGCGCCAGCCCCGCCGCCGCCUCCGUCCCGACCGUUUGCAUAGGCGGCAUCAAGCCAGACAACGCCCAGCGCGUCAUCUACCAGUCCGCCACCCCGACCAAGGCCAUCGACGGCGUCGCCGUCGUGAGCGCCAUCAUCGCCGCCCCGGACCCGGAACAGGCAUCCCGCGACUUUCUUACCAUUGUCCGCACCCCGCCGGCCUUCCGCAAGGGCGUCGUCUCGUCGGCCGCUGCCGCUGACGUCGACGACGUGGCGAAGGACCUCGUCGCCCGCGUGCCGGCGCUUAUCCGCGCCGUCGAUCAGAACGGACCCUUGUCGCACAACAUGACGAACCUUGUCGUGCAGAACUUUGCGGCCAACGUCGCCCUGGCCGUGGGCGCCUCGCCUAUCAUGGCGAACUACGGUGAGGAGGCCGGCGACUUGGCCAGGCUGGGCGGCGCGCUGGUCAUUAAUAUGGGGACCGUCACGCCGGAGGGGUUGCAGAAUUAUGUCAAGGCCCUCAAGGCGUACAACGCUGCGGGCCGGCCGGUUGUCUUUGACCCAGUAGGAGCCGGCGCAACAUCCGUCCGCCGCGACGCCGUCAAAACCAUCAUGUCCGCCGGCUACCUCGACAUCAUCAAGGGCAACGAAGGCGAAAUCACAACUGUACUAGGCGAGGCCCCGCCAACCCAGCAAAAAGGCGUCGACUCGGCCCCGUCGGCGCUCGACGAGCAGCAGCGCGCCGCCAUCGUGCGCCGCCUGGCCGCGCGCGAACGCAACGUCGUCCUCAUGACCGGCGCCACCGACGUCGUCAGCGACGGCGUGCGCACCUUGGCCGUCUCCAACGGCCACCCGCUGCUGGGCCAGGUAACGGGGACGGGCUGCUCGCUCGGCACCGUCAUCAGCGCUGCUGCUGCGGCGCAGCCUGUCGGGGGACCGCGCGACCUGCUGGCGGCCGUCGUCGCGGCGCUGCUGCACUUUGAGAUUGCCGCGGAGUGGGCUGCCGCGCGCCAGGACGUCCAGGGCCCGGGGACGUUCGUGCCGGCUUUCCUGGAUGAGUUGGCGAGGUUUCGGAGGAUGCCGGCUCAGUCCGAGUUGAGGUGGCUGUCUACGGCGAAGGUGAGGGAGAUCAAGCUGGAGGACUGA